AUGUUCCUUGGCAAGAAGGAAGAAGUCAAGUUUGCCAUUCCAGAGAUCAUAUACAACCCAUCACUUGCUCUCAGUCCCCAUGUUAUUCUCCUUGGCCUUCUGUUUGCUGAUUGGGUAUUCACUCAUCUUGACAGCAAGAGGGUUCUCACAUCAGCAGAGCAACUUCUCUAUCUUAAUAUCUUAGAUGAUGUUUAUAAGCUUCUGUUGCACUUAGAUCCAGCUCUGAAAGAUGUCUCCAUAUUUCAGAAGUCAGUGUGGACAAUGGACAAAAUCAAGAUCUCUGAUAUUGAAGCUCUCAUCUACAGUACCAUACAGCCAUGGAUCAAGUGCAUCAGAGCGUUAAGCACCUUCCAUGAGAUUCUUCAAGCUUACAAUCUUGACUAUGGUGCAGGCAAGGCUCUGAACAAUAGCAAACAAAUAAGUAAAACAGUCUGGAGCCUGAUAUAUCAAUGUGUGGACAAGGAUGUCCAUGCAAUUGUCCAGGGUUUAAAGCCACAGAAACACAUGAUGUACACUGUCUGUCAGAUGCUUCAAUCUAUCAAUUCACACCACUCACUAGAGUUAAUCUCCACACAAUUAUCUUCAGUCAACCAACUCCCUGAGAUCCAAGAAUUUAUUCAGAAACAAAAUAAACUCACCAAGCUUCUUGGAAGAUCUAUUGAGAGGCACACAGAGACAGUCAAGUACAAACUAUACAAGCAGAUAAUUACAAAUUGGCAGGUGAGCAGCAAUGAAAUGCUUCAAGAGACCAAAGAUAUUCAUGCAGUAGCAGCAUAUUGUCUUUUCAAGAAGGGGGAUACCUGCCAACUACUAUAUUUCAAGAGGCCUACUCCUGCAGCAGUACUUGCUGAAGGUGCAAGUUGA